CAGACAAAAAUUUUCUGGCAACCCUGUCUCAGGGGAAAAUAUCUCCAAGUCAUUCAGUUUAACCAAAAAUUAUUUUGGUUAAUCGUUGAAUUUCAUUUUCCAUAUAAAAAUGGAAGAAAUUGGAAUUACUGUACCAGACAAAGAUGUCUCUGAAACUGACAUCAAACCGGUAAUUGGUCAUUACUCAGGUGUUGGUGAUGAUUUAGAUAUUGAAGAUCUUUAUACUCGAUACAAGAAAUUACAACGGAUGCUUGAAUUUCUUCAAGUUCAAGAAGAAUAUAUCAAAGAUGAACAGCGCAAUUUGAAAAAAGAAUAUUUACAUGCUCAAGAAGAAGUCAAGCGUAUACAGAGUGUACCACUUGUGAUUGGACAAUUUUUGGAAGCUGUUGAUCAAAACACUGGUAUCGUUGGUUCUACAACAGGAUCUAAUUAUUACGUACGAAUUUUAUCAACUAUUGACCGUGAAUUGUUGAAGCCUUCUGCUAGUGUUGCACUUCACAAGCACAGCAAUGCUCUUGUUGACGUUUUGCCACCAGAAGCAGACUCUAGCAUUUCUAUGCUUCAAGCUGAUGAGAAACCUGACAUUCAGUACAGCGACAUUGGAGGUAUGGAUAUGCAGAAGCAAGAAAUUCGUGAAGCAGUGGAAUUACCACUGACUCACUUUGAAUUAUACAAGCAGAUUGGUAUCGAUCCACCACGUGGUGUCUUGAUGUACGGACCACCUGGUUGUGGUAAAACUAUGCUUGCUAAAGCUGUCGCUAGACACACUACAGCCGCUUUUAUUCGUGUUGUCGGCUCUGAAUUCGUGCAAAAGUAUCUCGGUGAAGGUCCAAGGAUGGUACGAGAUGUCUUCCGUCUUGCUAAAGAAAAUUCUCCAGCUAUUAUAUUUGUUGAUGAAAUUGAUGCAAUCGCCACGAAGCGUUUUGACGCACAAACUGGUGCUGAUCGUGAAGUUCAACGUAUUCUAUUAGAAUUGCUCAACCAGAUGGACGGUUUUGAUCAAACUACUAAUGUUAAAGUUAUCAUGGCUACUAAUCGUGCUGAUACUUUGGACCCGGCUCUGUUGCGUCCUGGUAGAUUGGAUCGUAAGAUUGAAUUCCCUCUGCCAGAUCGUCGUCAGAAACGUCUCAUCUUUUCAACAAUCACUACUAAAAUGAAUCUGAGUGAGGAAGUUGAUCUAGAGGAUUACGUUGCCCGGCCUGACAGAAUUUCCGGUGCAGAUAUAAAUGCUAUUUGUCAAGAAGCUGGUAUGCACGCAGUACGUGAAAAUCGUUACAUCGUUCUUGCUAAAGACUUUGAAAAAGGUUACAAGAAUAACAUUAAGAAAGACGAGUCUGAACAUGAGUUCUACAAAUAAUUCAUCGUUAUUAAAAAAAAAAAAAUGGAUAUUUUCUUUCUAUGCUUAAUAUUGAGCGUAAAUGUAGCAGACAUCAGGCAAACUUAAAAAUUUGAUAGAGUAAAUAAUUAAAAAAAACAAUAUUUGUAAAAAAUGCACUAAUUUCAAAAUUUUUUAAAACCGCAUUUUUUAAAUUUUAUUAAUUAUUUACUCCAUUUAUUAUUAAUUUUAAAUUUGUCUAAUGUCUGCUAUAUUCACACUCAUGCUUAAUAUUAUUUUUUCAUAUUAUAAAUUAUAAUAAUUAUCCAAUGUAUCGUGAAAAUUGUCAUUUGUCA